UGCGCGGCUGAUUACCCUCGCCCGCUCCCCGCCCUCCCGGGCCGAGUGGAGUUGGGCGGCGUCGGCGGCGCAGCCUCGGGGGGCACCGCGGCUUCAGGGGCUGGGCCUCCAGCGCAGCGCAAUGUCAGGCGCCGCGACAGAGCUGUGAGGCUGAGGCCGCGGCCGUGGCGCUGGGCGGCGGCGGGUCCGGGUCGGGUCCGCUCAUGGUGCCGCCACGACGCCAUCGCGGGGCAGGAAGGCCAGGUGCGCUGAGUUCUUCACCUCCUUUUAGACUCAGAUUUGCCAAGUUUUCAGGCAUUGCUCUUGAAGAUCUCAGAAAGGCCUUUCAAGUAAGACUGCAGAUGGUGUGUGUAUUUAUCAUGAACCGAAUGAAUUCCCAGAGCAGUGGUUUCACUCAGCGCAGGCGAAUGGUUCUUGGGAUCGUUGUUCUCCUACUUGUUGAUGUGAUAUGGGUGGCAUCCUCAGAACUGACUUCGUAUGUUUUUACUCAGUACAACAAACCAUUCUUCAGCACCUUUGCAAAAACAUCUAUGUUUGUUCUGUACCUUUUGGGCUUUAUUAUUUGGAAGCCAUGGAGACAACAGUGUACAAGAGGAUUUCGAGGAAAGCAUGCUACUUUUUUUGCAGAUACUGAAGGUUACUUUGCUACUUGCACAACAGAUACAACUAUGAAUAGUUCUUUGAGUGAACCUCUGUAUGUUCCUGUGAAAUUUCAUGAUCUUCCAAGUGAAAAACCAGAGAACACAAACAUGGAUGCUGAAAAAACUCCCAAAAAGUCUCGUGUAAGGUUCAGUAAUAUCAUGGAGAUUCGACAGCUUCCUUCAAGCCAUGCAUCGGAGGCUAAGUUGUCUCGCAUGUCAUAUCCUACUCUGAAAGAACAAGACUCCUUACUAAGAACUGUGGGGAAACUUACUGCAACUCAAGUAGCAAAAAUUAGCUUUUUUUUUUGCUUUGUGUGGUUUUUGGCAAAUUUCUCAUAUCAAGAAGCACUUGCGGACACACAAGUUGCUAUAGUUAAUAUUUUGUCCUCAACUUCUGGACUUUUUACCUUAAUCCUUGCUGCGUUGUUUCCAAGUAACAGUGGAGAUAGAUUUACUCUUUCUAAACUAUUAGCUGUAAUUUUAAGCAUUGGAGGUGUUGUGCUGGUAAACCUGUCAGGGUCUGAAAAAUCUUCUGGAAGAGAUACAAUAGGUUCCAUUUGGUCUCUUGUUGGAGCCAUGCUCUAUGCUGUCUAUAUUGUUAUGAUUAAGAGAAAAGUAGACAGAGAAGAUAAGUUGGAUAUUCCGAUGUUCUUUGGUUUUGUAGGUCUGUUUAAUCUACUGCUCUUAUGGCCAGGUUUCUUUUUACUUCAUUAUACUGGAUUUGAGGACUUUGAGUUUCCCAAUAAAGUAGUAUUAAUGUGCAUUAUCGUUAACGGCCUUAUUGGAACAGUUCUGUCAGAGUUCCUGUGGUUGUGGGGCUGCUUUCUUACCUCAUCGUUGAUAGGCACACUUGCACUAAGCCUUACAAUACCUCUGUCUAUAAUAGCUGACAUGUGUAUGAAAAAGGUGCAGUUUUCUUGGUUAUUUUUUGCAGGCGCUAUCCCUGUAUUUUUUUCAUUUUUUAUUGCAACUCUUCUAUGCCAUUAUAAUAAUUGGGAUCCUGUGAUGGUGGGAAUCAGAAGAAUUUUUGCCUUUAUAUGCAGAAAACAUCGAACUCAGAGGGUUCCGGAAGACAGCGAACAGUGUGAGAGUCUCAUUCCUAUGCACGGUGUUUCUCAGGAGGAUGGAGCUAGUUAGCUGUUGUCUGUAGCCCAGCUUGAUAAUGGAACAUUAUACAGCGAAGAGACAAUCUCUGGCAAGUUUUUGUAGAAAAAUAUUUCAGUGCCUAGUCUGAAAAAUAACAGUUUCAGUUCUUUGGAACUCUAAAAUAUAUUUUCCUCAUAUCUGUUUUCUUCAUUUUCAUAAUGAAGUACUUUCCUCUGUAGCUGUGUACGUGUCAUUACAGUUAUAGGAAUUUCCAGUCCACAGUCCAUCUGAAGGACCGACCUGCCUUACACAUCUCAAGGAAUUCAGCUGAUGAAAUAAUUUGAACUAAUCAAGGAAUAAAAUCUUAAUGUUCUGGAGACUUUAUUUUCACAUGUUAUUUGUUGAAUGCUGGACUAUAUUAUGAAAAUGUUUUCUAGAAAUCAUUUAAGUAUAUAGAUCAGUAUUUCUUACAGGUAAAAUGCUACAAUAAGCUGCCUAUAAUAGGUACAGAUUAUAAUUUUGAGUUUUGUAGAACAUUGCAAAUUAACAACAAAAAAUGUUUAAUUUAUGCAACAAGUAUGUUCACACAAAUUUGGUGGGACUUUACAAAAGAAUAUUUGAGAAAAGAUCUGGUUCACUUACACUACAUAUACUGUAUUACCCUUUCAUAGCAUUAGGUGCCUUAUAUUUUAAAUCCGUGACAAACCAUGACAGAUUUUUAAAGGGGAAGUAUUAUUGUAAAAUGAAGAAUUAUGUAUUUCUAAAGGCUGUAAUGCUGUACAUUUAAUUGAUAAAGCUCUGAUUAGAGUUUUGAAGAAAUAUUCUCUCUUCAAUUAAGACGUUUUCAUAAUGGGAUGAUUUAAAUUGAAAUGAUAAAGAGUAUUAUUAAAAUAAAAUGCUUAUAUAUGUAUUUGUGUAUUACA